AUGUCGACAAAGGGAUAUUUUAACGCCGAAGAGAUUCCUGUGUGUCAGGGCGAGCGUGCCAAGAUCGCCAGGUGGGUGAUCUCUCAACGUCAGGUGUAUCCACCGAAAAGCUCCAGCAGCGGUCAAUUGCUCGAGCAUAUGUUUAGAGAUGUUGUAGACUCUCAUGAGGGUACCGUUUUGAGGGGUGCAUCGUUUGUAGAAAGCCAUAUCGAUGGAUUGUUUGCCAAAAAGCAUAUCUCCGAGUGCGAGGUCACCCUCGUUCAUGAUCUCGAUGACAGCAUCCACUUUAUCUUACUCCACAAGAUAUAG